CAGCUGCAGUGGGAGGGAGAGGAAACCCACCCACCUCUCCCGGCUGCCGCCUUUGUAACCACUCGGUCCGGCUCGCCGCCCGGCUCAACUCGCAGCAGCUUAGGGAACGCCGGAGCUCGGCGGCGGGAGCAGAUGGAGCCGGAGGGUUGCCCUUGCUCUCCUUUUCAAAUCAAACGUCACAUUGACUCAAAUCCAGUGUUGGAAGCAUGUGGGGAACUGCAGCACAUCAGCCCGGCGCAAUGUAUCCAUCAAACUGGAAGGAAGCCCAAAACCAAAACUCCACUGGCCAAAAUGCAUCCUCUGCAGAAACCCCAAGUACCUCCUAAGCCUGUCCAUCUCAAACCUGGGCAGGAAAGAAUUCCUCCUGCACCUUCUCGGCCUUUGCCAGCUGAUCCCAAGUCGUCAAGGAGCUUAGCACCUGGAGAAGAAGAAAUACCCAUAUCAGCAGGAAUCAACACGCUCAUUGAGAGAUUUGAAAGUAUUAGGCAACCUGUACAUAUUCUUCAAAGAAACCAGCUCAAUUUAGCUCUUAAGAUGGACCCUGGCCUGGACUCACCCAAACAGCCGAGCUCAUGUGACUGUGACAUGAUGGCUUCUAGCAGUUUUUCAAAUGAGAAAAGUGAAACAGAUGAAAAUGAGCCAGAUGUCCCAUGCAGUGCAGAUCUGUCCAACACAGACAUCAUGAAAAUUAAAGAGCUAAGCAUAGGUGAUAACAAAAGCUGUGAAGACUGUGCUGCUGUGACUGUGAGCAAAGAGCCCUCUGCAGAGCUUGGCAAUAAAGACUCAACUGCAGAAUUGAAUGGUAAUGGUAAAAUUCCCAAUAGAGACAGUGGCAUUGACAGUCCUUCCUGUAGUGUAGCAGGGGAAACCUUCCCCAGUGAAGAAGGUCCAGAGCAGAAAAAGCCUAGCAUGGCUGAGAACCCAGGGGAGAUUGAAUCUGACAAAAAGGGCACCAAACCUUCCUCUGCGGAGCAAAAGAGAGACUCCACGCAGGAGGAGGACAGUGACAUUGAUGAAGGAAGCAGUGAGGAGCAAGAGACGAUAGAAGUGCCAAAGUUAGAGUAUUUGGAUAUAAACAAGUGUACAGAACCCCAAAAGCUAUUCAAUAUCGCAAAUGAACUGCUGCAUACGGAAGAAGCGUAUGUUAAAAGACUCCAUCUGUUGGACCAGGUUUUUUGCACCAAGUUGUCAGAAGCAGGUAUUUCAUCUGAAGUGAUCACGGGCAUCUUUUCAAAUAUUUCUUCCAUCUAUUGUUUCCAUGGACAAUUUCUUCUUCCUGAGCUCAAAACAAGAAUUACACAAGAAUGGAAUGUCAACCCACGGCUUGGAGAUAUCCUACAGAAACUUGCUCCUUUUCUGAAGAUGUAUGGAGAAUAUGUAAAGAACUUUGACAGGGCAAUGGACAUGGUGAACACAUGUAUGCAGAGGUCCUCUCCAUUCAAAGAUGUUGUUCAGAACAUACAGAAACAGGAGGUGUGUGGAAACCUGACAUUACAACAUCACAUGCUUGAACCAGUGCAAAGAAUUCCUCGUUAUGAGCUUCUCCUAAAGGACUAUUUAAAGAAACUUCCAGAAGAAUCUCCAGAUAGGAAAGAUGCUGAAAAGUCACUGGAGCUCAUAUCUACAGCAGCAAACCAUUCGAACGCAGCCAUCCGAAAGAUGGAAAAAAUGCACAAGCUUUUGGAAGUCUAUGAGCGACUUGGUGGUGAAGAGGAUAUUGUUAACCCAGCCAAUGAGCUCAUUAAAGAAGGACACAUUCAGAAACUCUCUGCAAAGAACGGCACAGCCCAGGAUAGAUAUUUAUUCCUGUUUAACAGCAUGGUGCUAUACUGUGUGCCAAAACUGAGGCUGAUAGGCCAGAAGUUCAGUGUUCGGGAGAAGAUGGACAUUGCAGGACUGCAGGUCCAAGAAAUUGCAAAACAAAACGUGGCUCAUACAUUUUCGAUAACGGGAAAAAAGAGAUCAUUGGAACUACAAGCCAGGACAGAAGAGGAAAAGAGAGAAUGGAUUCAGGUCAUUCAAGCAACAAUUGAAAAGCACAAACAGAACAGUGAAACAUUUAGAGCUUUCAAUAACUCUUUUUCUCAAGAGGAGGAGCAUCUUCCAGAUUCCUCUAUAGCAAGCACCAGCUCGGUGGAAUCGAUGCCAGGAGCAGAUGGUGGUGGUGCAUUUGGAGGGAGUGAUUCCUGUAGGAAAUCUUCCAAAUCCAAGCGAGACAAGGAGAAACAGGCUUGCAAGAGCUGCAGUGAAAGCUUCAACUCCAUCACUAAAAGGCGGCACCACUGUAAGCAGUGUGGGGCAGUGAUCUGCGCAAAAUGCUCUGAGUUUAAACCACUUGCAGAUAACAACCGUCAUAAUCGAGUGUGUAAAGAGUGUUUUCUGCAGUUACCAGCAAGUCCUGGAGUGGAAGCAGUGGGAGAACACAAGAAAAGACUAGCUGCAGAGAAGCAAAGCAUCUUGGCAGCUGAAAACAGCCUCUUCAGCAGCUACCUCCAGUUCCUUGAAAAAGGGAAGACUUGGUACAAAAUGUGGGUGACCAUCCCCAAGACUGAACCUCUUGUUCUGUAUCUGCAAGGGAGUAGUCAGGCAGGUACACAGAAAGUCGCAAAGGCAUCAUAUUAAGAAAAGGGAGGAAGCAAGACCAAAGGCAAGCUGCUUAAUUUGCUUGUGUCUGCACAUGUUGGGUAGGUGUAACAUGUACAGUUCAAACAUCAAUUUGCUCUUACACUGCACUUCUUGGCUACAAACAAUAUCAUUUUCCAUUGUCAUGGACAACCUCCAGCUUUACAUGUGGCAAGUCCUAGUGCCUGUUUUCCUAAACCAAGUUCAGUGAAGCAGGCAUGGUUGAGCUUGCAUGUGCUCUUGUGCAUUUUGUGUUUAUGAGUCCCAUGCUUCUUUGCUUUAGCACUGCCACAUAUGCAGGUCUGUUUGAACCCCUGCAUGUGCAGACCUCUCUGUUCAUACUGAUGGCUGUGGUGUCAGGAUCUAGAGACUGUAUGCUGAUUGUAAGACAACUGCUUAUGCUCAAAUGGGAACUGAAUUCUUCAGUGUUUGACCUAAAGCUGCAGUGAAUCUCCUUGAAUAGUGCUUGGUCUUCAAGAGAUGGGAUCUGGCAUUUUUGCAUAACAGCAAGAAGGAAGCCUGUAUUGAUUUAAUAAAAUGUGUAGACACAUUUUUUACUGUAUAGUUUUUUCCCUUUGGUUAAUGUAUGUGUUUGCACUGAUGGGUGCAGUUCUGAAACUUGAAUUACUUCAGUCUGAGGGUUAGAAAAAAUAAGUUUUUCUUUUUUUGUUUGCCAGUGUUCUCAGAGGCAUGGUUCCCUUCUAGAUUUACCAAGUCAUCUGCAUUCCACAUGGGGUGACAAAAGAACAACUUUGCCACCUCUUUGUGGGAUACCUUGUUAACUUUGGUAUGAGGCUGCUACACAAGUAGCUGCUACAAGAGGCAACAGCUUCUUACAGAUUGAUGCUUGUGUGGUUUGGGAACCCACCUUUGAAAGUGCUUUACUGGCAUCAGUUGAAAUGAGUUGCUUGGUGAUGGCAUAGUCUUGCCUUGCUGAAGUACAUCUUUCCUGAGAGCUUAGAAGAGUUGGUUGAUGCUCAAGAUCUGACUGUUGGAUAUGUGUAUCGCUCCUUAGGUCUUUGAGUUAAUUUGGCCUUGAAGGGAUGUUCAGGAAUCUGAGCUCCAACUCCCCUGACAGCUCUGAAAAGCAGCAUAAUUAACCCAAGACCUUUUUGAGAAGAUUCACCAAUUUAUUUAAAAGCUGAAAUUUUCUUUUAUUUCAGUCUCUUCCCUGGUGGUUGUAUUUAUAUGUCUCAGUGCCCCACUCUGCUUGUCUCCUUUUAACCAGUCCUACACAUGUCCCUUGAAGUUCAAAAGGGACCACACUGACCUGUUCUCAGCUGGGUCCAAUUGACUGUACCUAAUGCAAAGAGGUUUUUUGUAAAAAACAGCGUGCAUUAGUUGUCUGUGAAAUUGUAUGAGGAAAAACCCCAGCCAUGCCACUGCUGGACCUAUAUUCUUGCUAUGAAAGGGAACUUGUUAAAUAAGAAUACAGCACCAGUAACUCUUUGCCUUUUGUUGUUCAAAGGUAAGCAGUCAGUAUAGCCUCUUCUCUGUGUUGUGUGCUACAGUCCUGCCUGAGGAGCUGACCGUACAUGGCUCUGGAACUGCAUUCUUGUGCUGGUUGAG